GCAAGAUGGCGGACAACAAAGGCGAAGGGGAUACGGAGAGCUCUGCCAACAUGGAUCCAGCACCUGCGGGAGAGGACAGCGGAGAGCCCCCGUCGAAAGAGGCCGACGCGGUGAUUGUUAUAGAGCCCGUGACGAAGGACGGAGAAGACGGUCAGUCGCAGGAGAACGUUUCUCAGGCGCCGACACCCACCAGCGCGGGAGGCGACGGUGGUGGUGGUGGCAGCGCUGGAGGAGGAGGCGGAGACGGUAGUACAAGCAGCAGCCCGGCCGGGAACGCCAAUGCUGAAACCACGGAGCCUGCGGUUUCUGGGGAAGUUAUGGGGACCCCGCCGGCUCCUACCACGGAAAUGUCCCCUCCCCCGUCCGCUCCGGCGGCCGUCCCAGCCACCCCGAUAAACCUCCUGGAUACGUGCGCUGUCUGUAAACAGAGUCUCCAGAACCGCGACUGUGAACCCAAACUCCUGCCCUGCCUCCACUCGUUCUGCCUGAGAUGCCUUCCCCAACCCGAGCGGCAGAUCAGCGUGCAAGUGCCGGGGCCCCACGGACAAGACACCCACAUAGUGAAUGUCAUGCGCUGCACUGUGUGUCUCCAGGAUUACAAACAGAGCGACAUAGUGGAUAACUACUUCGUCAAAGACACCUCAGAGGGAUCAAGCGGGUCAGACGAAAACUCCGCCCAGGUGUGCACCAGCUGCGAGGAUAACGCGGGGGCCGUUGGCUUCUGCGUGGAGUGUGGGGAAUGGCUAUGCAAGACCUGCAUCGAGGCCCACCAGAGGGUGAAGUUCACCAAGGACCACAAAAUCCGCAAGAAGGAGGAGGUGUCGUCAGAGUCUGUUGGUCAGUCGGGUCAGCGGCCGGUCUUCUGCCCCGUGCACAAGCAGGAGGCCCUGAAGCUGUUCUGCGAGACAUGCGAUACGCUCACCUGCCGAGACUGCCAGCUGCUGGAACACAAGGAGCACAGGUACCAGUUCCUGGAGGAGGCCUUCCAGAACCAGAAGGGCAUCAUUGAGACCUUCAUGGCCAAGCUGCAGGAGAAAAAAAACUAUGUUCACUUCUCUGCAUCUCAGGUGCAAAGCAGGAUUAAAGAGGUGAAUGAAACUCACAAGAAAGUGGAGCAUGAGAUCAAGAUAGCAGUUUUCACACUCAUCAACGAAAUCAACAAGAAGGGCAAGUCUCUGCUGCAGCAGCUAGAGAGUGUGACGAAGGAGAGGAGCAUGAAGCUGUUGAGCCAGCAGAGGGACAUUAACGGCAUGGCCCAGCAGAUCCUGCAUGUCCUGUCCUUCACCCACUGGGCCAUCAGCAACGGCAGCAGCACGGCACUGCUCUACAGCAAGAGGCUGAUCACAUACCAGCUGAGGCACAUUCUGAAGGCCCGCCUGGACCCGGUACCCCAGGCCAACGGGGCAGUGCGCUUCUUCUGCGACCCCACCUUCUGGGCCAAGAACGUGGUCAACCUGGGUAACCUGGUGGUCGAGAAGAUGCCCCCGUCGGUGCACCCGCCCAACGUGAUGGUGGGGCCCAUCUCCCCGGGCCACGGGCACGCGGGGAAGCACCCGGGCCAGAUCAACCUGGCGCAGCUGCGGCUGCAGCACAUGCAGCAGGCGGCCUACGCGCAGAAGCAGCAGCAGCAGCAGCAACAGCAGCAGCAGCAGCAGGCGCAGAUCCAGCAGCAGAUGCGCAUCGCCUCUCAGAUGGCCUCUCAGCACCCUAGGCAGGGGGGGCCGCAGAUGGUGCAGCAACAGCCCCCUCGGCUCAUCAGCAUGCAGGCCCUGCAGAGGGGGGGUGUGAACGGAUCCUCACACAUGUUCCCCUCGCACCACCUCCGCAUGGCUCCGGGACAGGGCCGCAUGCAGAACGCGCAGCCCAGACACAACGGCCAGCAGUAUCCCAUGAUGCAACCACAGCUACAGAGACAGCACUCGAACCCCGGGCACGCGGGGCCCUUCCCCGUGGCGUCCCUGCACAACGUGAGCGCCGCGAACCCCACCAGCCCGACCAGCGCCAGCAUGGCCAGCGCCCACGCCCACCGCGGCCCCACCAGCCCCAUUGUGGGCGCCAUCGAGCUCAUCCCCUCCGUCACCAACCCCGAAAACCUGCCCUGCCUGCCCGACAUCCCCCCCAUACAGCUUGAGGACGCUGGCUCCAGCACCCUGGACAAUCUGCUGAGCCGCUACAUUUCAGCCAGCACACACCCGCCCCUCAACCCCGCCACCAACAUGAACCCCUCGCCCGGGCCCUCCACGCACUCGCCAGGAUCCUCAGGUGUAUCAAACUCCCACACGCCUGUCAGACCCUCCAGCACAUCAAGCACAGGAAGCAGGGGCAGCUGCGGUUCUGCAGGGCGCACGGGGCCCGUCUGCGCAGCCGUGGAGCAGGUGAAGGUGAAGCAGGAGCCCGGAGUGGAGGAGGACUGCGGCUUUUCGGGGGCCACCGUUAAAGUGGAGCGGGGAAAGGACGGGAGGCGGAGCGCGUGCAUGAUGAGCAGCCCAGAGAGCAGUCUGACGCCUCCUCUCCCAGUGCUGGGGAAUGUAUCAUCAGGGUCGGUCCAGGACGUGCUGAAGACCCUGGGGGAGCACGUCAAAUCCGAGCCCCAGGAUGAGGCUGGGGCCUGCAGUGGGGGAGGGGGACAGAGCAGCCAAUCGCAGCCGUCGACCGCUCCCACCCAGACGGCGGCUCCGGCAGCUGCAGAGACCCCAGCUGAGACGAACGCGGCCGCGGCCCCGGCCACCCCUCUGACCAACGGGGACUCUGAGGCGGGGGACGCGAGGGCGGCAGGCUCCUCCUCGGCCCACCGAUCCCCGCGCGGAGGGGGGGGUGGCGGCAGCGCUGGAGCACAGGGGAACAGCCACAGCUCCGCGGGGGGCAAGGACGACGACCCCAACGAGGACUGGUGCGCCGUGUGUCAGAACGGGGGAGAGCUGCUCUGCUGCGACCGCUGCCCCAAGGUCUUCCACAUCACCUGCCACAUCCCCACGCUCAGCUGCUCCCCCAGCGGGGAGUGGAUGUGCACGUUCUGCCGGGACCUGGUCAAGCCGGAAAUGGAGUACAACUGCGACGACGUGGACAGCAAGAAGAGCAAGAGCGAGAAGGGCCUGAGCCCCGAGGACCAAAGAAGAUGUGAGCGCCUCCUGCUGUACAUCUUCUGCCACGAGCUGAGCGUGGAGUUCCAGGAGCCCGUCCCCUCCUCCGUCCCCAACUACUACAAGAUCAUCAAGCGGCCCAUGGACCUGAACACGGUGAAGAAGAAGCUGCGGCAGGGCCACGCCCAGCACUACCAGACCCCGCAGGAGUUCGUGGCCGACGUGCGCCUCGUCUUCACCAACUGUGCCAAGUACAACGAGAUGUCUCGAAUAAUCCAAGUUUAUGAUGAGGAGAAACAGAUUAAUGUCCAGGCGGACUCGGAGGUGGCCGAGGCGGGGAAGGCGGUUAGCCUGUACUUCGAGGAGAAGCUGAAAGAGAUCUACCCGGACCAGAGCUUCCCCGCCGCCCCUGAUGCGGAGCAGCGGGUGGCCGGGGCGGUGGCGGCGGGGGCGGCGCCAGCAACCGAGGAGGACGACGACGAGGUCACGGAGGACUCGGACGACGACUUUGUGCAGCCCAAGCGCAAGCGGUUAAAAACGGAGGAGAAGCCCAUGCACAUUAAAUGAGCGUCGGCGAAAUGGCGGGAGAAAGGAGAGAGAGAGAGAGAGAGAGAUUAUGAUCGGUGAAGAGACGGUCCGUCUUCCCCCCCCUACCCCCACCCCCCAUCCCCCCUUUCAUCUCCUCUUGCUCUGACUGAGACGAUCCAGCGCGGGAUCUGUUGUUCUACAGAUUAUUUAAUUCCAUGUUCUCCCUCCGUUAAAAAAGUUCCAAUAAAAUAAGGUGAAAUCAGCUUCCUUGGCUGAGGCCACUGCGGACAUUUUGAAGACUUACUGGGAAGGACUGCAUUUCCUCCACCAAGGAA